CUCCCACACUAGGAAAAAGCUCUCUGGGGUGACAUCAGUUUCUGCUCGGGAUUCCUCUGGGAUUUUACAAACCUUCCUUUAAGGAACUAUAGUGACACUCUUUUUUCCGAUUGCUUUGGCCCCUUUGCCCACUUUGCAGACCUCAGACCAGCUUUUGGGUGAUAAGGUCAGAGGGCCCCUGUUAAGCCCUGACCGCAGCACUAGGAUCAUCCUGACUCAAUUUGUUUGAGAUCCACCUACAACCAUGACAACCAAGUCCAACAGCGGUGUUCUGGGUUGCAAGGCUUCCUCCUCUCCUCUCUUGUCCUCGCCACCCCGCCAACGCCUGGUCACCAAAGACGGACACUGUGCCCUUCGCCCACCUCUGUGCUCUCCAGGCUCGUGGCGCGGGGCCUUGAGCAGAGCCUGGUUGCUGGCCCUGCAGGACCUGUGGGGACUGUUGGUGGGUCUGCGCUGGAGAUGGGUCCUGCUGGCCUUCUGCGCCUCCUUCCUGGCCCACUGGCUGCUGUUUGCCUGCCUUUGGUACUUACUGGCCCACCUGAACGGAGACCUGGCUGUGCAAGAUCAUGAUGCCCCGCCACAGGGGCAUGUGGUCUGUGUGAAGCAUAUAACCAGCUUCACUGCUGCCUUUUCUUUCUCCCUGGAGACACAGCUGACCAUCGGCUAUGGCACCAUGUUUCCCAGUGGGGACUGUCCAAGUGCCAUAGCACUGCUGGCUGUGCAGAUGCUGCUGGGGCUCAUGCUGGAGGCAUUCAUCACAGGUGCAUUUGUAGCCAAGAUUGCGCGUCCCCAGAAGCGAGCAGGAGCCAUCCAAUUCAGCCCCCAGGUGCUGGUGGGCCAACACCAGGGCCAGACGUGCCUCAUGCUACGUGCCACCAACCUGCUGAAGCGACCUCUAAUGGAUGUAAGAGUAAGCGCGGUGCUCUAUGAGGAGCAUGAAGGUCAGGCCCUCCACCAGACCUCUCUGGACUUCCACUUGGAUCAUCUAGGCCAGCAGCCCUGUCCCUUCUUCAUCUUCCCACUCACCUUUUACCACCCUCUAGACCGCCAAAGCCCCCUCUAUCCCGCCCUGUGUGAGGGUACUUCCAACCAUUUUGAGUUGGUGGUCUUCCUGUCAGCCUUGCAGGAGGGAACUGGUGACUCCUGCCAGAAGAGGACCUCCUACCUGCGCCAAGAAAUCCUAUUUGACCGUUGCUUUGUGCCCGCCUUGGGGCUGGAUGCUCGGGGGAGAUACAUGGUGAGCACCCAGCACUUUGAAACGACCCACUCAAAGGAGCCUUUGAACAAGGACUGUGUUGUGCAAAUCAAUGGAGAUGGCAGCGACAGAAUGGAGUAAUGCUGCGGGAGAGGUCCAAUAGGAACAAAGGGCUGUUUCUGAGAGAUGACUAGGGAAGGUAACAAUGGGGUAGAUAUUUUUUGUCAGAAGGUACUUGAUUUAAUUUGGCAAAUCUGAAUUUAUGUCUUAACAUUUGAAAUUAAAAUGUGUAUCAGACAUGGGUGCUGCUUUGGACUGCCUCACUCCAAUCACUUGAAGUCCCUAGUGGUCAACCUGGGUAUUAUCUCCCACUGAUUUCUCACUUUAUAUCCAGUUUGUUGGAAUUCCUGGGCAGAGCUUGGGUUUUAGUUUUGUUGCUCUGAUCAUUGGUACAUAUGGUAAUAUACUCUUUGAGUUAUUAACUGAGAACCAAAUUAUCGGUGUUGGCAUUAGGGCCUAGAUACUGUAUUUCCAUCAUUUUUUCUUUAUUAAUAUAACCCAAUAUCACAUUUUUUCCUCAGGGGGCUUUACAAUCAGUACAGUGAACAUCACCUUAAUGGCUUUAAUUAAUCAUGUAGUGUGUACAUUUCUAAAUGAGCCACAAGUUAAGUUGUACCAAAUACCCCUUACUAAAAACAGUUUCUGUCAUUUUAAGCAAGUAAUUCCAGUACGAAACAAUAGGACCGAAGUUUUCCAAUCAUUUCCAGGUUUUAGAACUUAUUCCUGCACCACUUAAUUGACAAAUGCUUUGGUUGAAGUACCACUAGCAAUGGUCCUCUGUAAAACUCCCUUGAGAAAUGAAAAUGAGUCACUUUAAUGCAUGCUGCCUAGUUAACACUAGUUUAAAGAGACAUAAUAAUAGAAACAAUACCAUAAUGAUUUACCAUGUUGAAUAUUUCUACUCUCCAGGUAGAUGUUUCCUUCAGUAUAUUUCACUACACUGUGAAAAUCAUCUUACACACACUACCCUCUCAUCAUGUUUCUUUUCAUUUUAGUCAAUAAUAUGGUGCUGUUUGGUAAUGCAGUGCUAGUUCUCAUGACAUACGGAAAUUGACCCCAGUGACUGCUUGAAAGACAAGGCAACACUGAGUCUAUACAGUAGCUAUGCUUGUAGCCCCAUCUGCAUAGUACUGCUUCGGGCUAGUUGCUAACAUAAGGAUGCUAACAAACUCACAAUGAAUAUGACUGAACUCAAAUGUCCACCACCUGGACAUAGCAACUGAGCCCUCCAUGAUUUCUGUUAUGAAAUGUGUUAAAAGACUGGAGACCAUAGUAGUACAACAGGGAGUUAAAAACCUAUUUUAAAAAAGAAGGAAAAGGUUCCAAUGAAAUUUGAUUAUCUGAAUGUUUGAGGUCUACACAUAUGGACUCAGCCAAUGCUAACAUAAAGAUUAUUUUUCCUACCAGCUUAGGUAAGUGUUAAUUGACACUAAACAAAAGCACAUUACAAAAAUUAGUCCUUACAAUUAAGUCAUUUUGCAGGUUUUGGGUAUUGACAAAAGUAUUUAGCAAAGACAACUGUUGUCCUCCCAAUGUCCCCGGGCACUGCACAAUAGCUGCCCACUGCUCCUAGUACUAGGAUGGGUUAAAUGCAGAGGACACAUUUCACUGUGUGUGCUCUGCUGUGUGCAUCUAUGUGACAAAUAAAGAGGGUUUCGUCCUCUGAUUCUAUCUUCUAUGCAGCUAGAGGAAAAGUCAGUUGAAUUUAUCCUCUGGAGAAUAUGAAUGAAUGUCAAACUUUCAUCAAAAUCCAUCCUAUCGUUUUGGAGAUAAUUCAGUGGUGACAAAAAUAGUUAACACAAGAACAUUUACAAAUUCUAUAGUGUUCUUUGGAAAUUGCGAAGCAACAAUGGAUAUGUUGUAGUCAGAGGGUUAAUCACUAUAAUGGUCCCCUAACCUGUUAUGGAUUAAAUGGCAUUUCAGUAGUUCAACAAUACAUUACACUGGUGGGUUUUUAAUGUUUUUAUGAUUCUGUGAUGAAUACUUUCCACUUAAGAUAAUGAUAAUUAUUUUUGGCACUCAUAUUAAGUUGCAUUAAAGCUAACCCUUUAACUGAACACAGAGUUAGAAGGAAUGGCAGUUAUGUUGAAAGUGUUCAAGGAGCAAGUAACAAAAAAGGGAGUGACAGAAUGCAAUGACUCCUCUGCGUUCUCUUGAAAGCGCCUUCAUGUUGCUGAUCAAUGAUUUCUUCUACUGAUGUUUGUGGACAAGCAAAACUAGGGCCUUUCGAAAUUCCACUGUCAAUGUUAAGCUGCUAAGAUUAUUCAUUGAAAGCCUUUCGGAACAAAGACAUCCAUGUCUUAGAGUGAGCUAUAUAACAUUAGACUGACCUGCAUGAAAUGACAUACGGCUUUCAUAGAAUGACUUACUUAAUAAUAAUAAAAAUAAUAAAUUAUAUUUAUAUAGCGCUUUUCAUGAACUCAAAGACGCUUAUGAUUGAUUUGUAGAUUGAUGCUUUUGUUUUGAAAAAUCACUGCUUACAUCUUUAUGGAAAAUCUCAAAUCAAUGUUUUGUGUUCAUAUUGUACAUUACAAAUUUCUCUAGGAUUAGCAAACAAAGUUAGGGAGUUGAGAAGCAGUGUUUUAGUAAAUGUGUGUUCAUAUUUGGAGUAUUUCCCUUUAAAGGCCGUUUAUAUAAAGAGAAUCACUUUGUUAUCUAUAUGGUUUAAAAUAAAUCAUGUAGCAACUUCAGACAUAAGAGAGGAAUUGUUCCACAAAAUGUGAUUGUAAAAGGAUGAGAUCCCAAUGUAUCUCAGAUGCUUCAGUGCCUUUGUACAGUGUACAUUCCAUGAAAUAAAUAUUUUCUAAACAAG